AUGUAAGACUCUAGCAAACGUGCCGGCUCGACGACGCGUACGACGCGUACGCCGACGCGCAUCGCAGCGACGCGCGGCACACCACGACGGCAGCCGAGAACCCAUCCACAACACCGCAGCGUCGGCCGGGGCAGCCGUAACCGCACAGACCCCCAUACCCAAAAGCACAGUGCCGCACGCCGCCGCUCAUCCAAAGAUGAUCAAGGGCAUCAUCAUCGUCAACAACUCCGGCCAGGCCCGCAUCUGCAAGUUCUUCCAGCAAGUACAUAGAGAAGGUUACAGUCCCGAAGAGGCGCAGCAAAGCGUCGUCCAGCAGGUCUACAAACAAGUGAGUGAACGACCGGACUCCUUCUGCAACUACCUGGAAGGUAGUAUCAUGCAGUGGGGCGACGCCACGAAGCUGAUCUAUCGGCACUACGCUACUUUAUACUUCGUCUUCGCGGUCGACAAGCUUGAAUCCGACCUGGGUAUUUUGGACCUCAUCCAGGUCUUCGUCGAGGCCCUGGACAAGUGCUUCGAGAACGUGUGUGAAUUGGACUUGAUCUUCCACAGCGACAAGGUCCACUACAUCUUGGACGAGAUCGUGAUGGCCGGGAUGGUCCUCGAGACGAACAUCGUCACUAUUCUGUCAGGAGUGAACGACCAGACGAAACUCCACCAGAAGUCCACCUCGAAACUGAACGAGGCCCUGGGGAAGGCCACCUCCACCAAAAUGGGGUCGCCGGGCGUAAGGUAGUAGUUCUCUGUUCUUCUUGUGCGGGCGUUUUUGUGGUCCUAGGCUCUGCGCGCGGCG